GCAUUAAACAACAUCCUGUUUUUGUGACUCAGUGACAGGAAAACUUGCACAAUAAGUAGGUAGUUAUAGUCUUCUUUGGUGAGCUGCGGUGCUUAUUUUAUAUUCCUUCAAUACUGUAAAUCAUACAUACUUUAAAAAUGAGUUUACUAGCAAAAUUAUUUGGUGGUGGGAAGAAAGACCAGGUUCCUUCGCCAGCCGAAGCCAUCCAACGACUUCGUGAAGUCGAAGAGAUGUUACUUAAAAAAUCUGACUUCCUCGAAAAGAAAAUCGGCCAAGAAAUUGCAACAGCGAAGAAACACGGGACAAAAAAUAAAAGGCUUGCAUUACAAGCAUUGAAAAGAAAAAAGAGAUUCGAUCAACAAUUACAAAAAAUUGACGGUACAUUGUCAACUAUUGAAUUUCAACGAGAAGCUUUAGAAGAUGCUAGCACAAAUACAGAAGUACUCAAAGUCAUGGGAGUUGCAGCAAAGGCUCUUAAAGGAGCUCACAAUAAUUUGGAUGUGGAUAAAGUUCAUGAUCUAAUGGAUGAAGUAGCUGAACAGAAUGAAAUAGCUAGUGAAAUAUCAGAUGCUAUAUCUAAUCCUAUUGGUUUCGGACAAGAUGUUGAUGAGGAUGAUUUAAUGGCUGAAUUAGAAGAAUUGGAACAAGAAGAAAUAGAAAAACAACUAUUAGAUGUAAAUGGUCCCGCUACGGAAGACUUGCCAUCCGUACCUGUAUCUGAACCUGAAAGUAAUAUAUACCUUUGUUUAUAA